UCUCUGAUAGUAUUGAUUUUCUAUUACUUAUUUCAUAUUUCAUAGUGGCUUACUUUACAGGUUUUGUUUGUUGUUUUUUUUUACCGUUAACAACCAUAAAAACCACCAUGUGAAUAAUGAUAGUGUGUCAUAAUGCAUACACCGAAGAGACCAUCCUGCUGAUAUCAUAUGAAGUUACAUCUCAGUUUGACGGUCGCCAUUCUGGCAAGCUUGAUUCAGUAUUCAAAACAGCAAUGUAUUGCUGAUAUGGUUUUCAUGAUCGAUUCUUCUAUCAACACAGUUGAUAAUGUCUACAAUGCCCUGGAUUCAUUUAUAACAAGACAGCCCAUAUCCAGUUCAGAAAUCCGUGUUGGAGCAGUUUUCUUCAGCGAUCAAGUCAUUGGAAGUAUUCCAAUUUCUGACAAUGUAGACAACUUACGGCGUCAGUUGAGCAACAACAGGAUCCCUUUAGGCAGUCGACUUCGGUAUAGUGUCGGUAUUAGGGCUGCAAAUACUCUGUUCAACAUUGAAAACCGAUUUGUGCCACGCGUAGCUGUCCUGGUAACAUCGAGUCAAGCUGAAUACGAAAGCAAUUUGUUUGACAUUGUUUCACAACUUAAAUCUUCUAACAUCGGAGGAAGAUCUAUGACUGUUUACAGUCUAGGAGUUGCCAGAAAUAACCUCCAGAAUUACAAUUUGAAUGAAUUGAAUAUUAUCGCAACUGGAAAUGCCAUCCAGGUAUCAUCCUCUGUCAAUGUUCGUGCCGAGUUCGAAAGAAUUGCAUCUACUGUUUGUAGCAAUAAUGUUGUCACUACAGCUCCAGUCUGCAGUGAUUUUGAUCUGCAAAAUGGUGUCGGUUAUAAAGCGAACCCAAAGGACUGUAAAAGAUUCAUCCAGUGUGAGAAAGAAGCCUUCAGUACUAAUAUCAUCUACAAUGAUAUGGCCUGUAAUGAUGGUCUGUUCUGGAACCAAGAGUUAAAGAACUGUGUACAUUUUCCUGGUUCUGACUGUUACAGAGGUGAAUGUGAUGGUACCACAUAUCUGUAUGGGUCUGUGAAAUGUGGAGCUUACUUCAACUGUACUAAUGGGGUUGUAAACAGUGGCUGUUGUCCGGAAAGCGCCCCCGAAUUCGAUUCCGUAACAAAGAAAUGUAUCGUUUCUUCUAAUUGCAUAUUCCAGUGCACACUUAACAACAAAAUCUCAUAUGCAGCUUGUCAAGAGACCUUUAAAAUUUACAGAAUGCCUAAUGAUGUCAUCGACCCAUGCAGGUAUGAAGUCCAUGAAGGUGAAGGACUAACAAAGAGUGUCAAAGUCAUGCACUGUGCAGCGGGAACUAACUUUAACCCCUCCAAAUGCGAUUGUUCCAUUAGAAAUAAAGAUCCAUGUACCGGCUCCACCCCAGUAAACCCAUGCAGCGAAGACUUUUAUCUAAAUUUUACUGAUGACCGCAUCCUAGAUAAUUCAGUUAGUAAGGCAUGGAUAAGAAACGAAGGUCCUGUCUCGGUUAGUGGAGAAAGAGCUACGUUCGAUGGAACUACCAGACUUGCUGUCCUUCGAUAUUCCAAUAUAGACUUUGUUCUUCCACUGGCUAUCAAAGUAAAAUUCCGCGAAACCUCUAGCCAAAGCAAUAUGGCUGUUUUGUAUACACCUAGUGUUUACAUCACAGCUGGUAACGGACGUGUUACCAUCGGAGUCGAAACAGUAAUUGGUGGCUACAACUCAUCUGCAGCAACGGUCGGUACUAACCAAUGGAAGGAAGUUGUAUUAUAUUAUGAUGGUACUACUUUAUCUGGUGUUGUUCGAUCUCUGGAUUUUAAUGGAUUUAAUAUCAUCAGCAGUACACCUAUACCGACUAAAACUGUUUCUUUUGAUGAUACAGUUAAAAAAAUACAGACUGCAGAUGGCGCCCUUCAAAUUGGUUCAUUAAUAGGCGGUAAUUAUCCCGCAUUCGUAGGAGAUAUUGACGAGGUCAAGCUCUGGAAGGGUUGCCAAGUUGUAAGACGUCCAGAAGAUUUUUAAAUUUUUUUACGCCAUUGGUAAUACCAAUGAUUUUUAAAAAAAAAAAAAUUCUAAUUGUUUAUAUCGACAUUAAUAAUCAAUGUGCUGUUCUUGUGUACUGUUUAUGUUUUAGAUUAAU